UGGGCAGUCUCUGGGUUGAAUUUUUUUUUCGGGUAAAAAUAAGAGACAACUGGAGAUUUUCCACGUGCGUUUUGUCGACGAUUUAUUUUGUUGAUAUUUGGAUAUUCGUUUGGAGAUGGAGGACGACGAGGUUCGCAGGAUCCUGGAGGUGUCACACUUGGGGAAGUUUAUUCUGGCGGAGUGUGCGCCCCCGGGUGAGGGUGACACCCUCUACUACAAGACAGUCCUGGAUAAUUUGUGCUUGAAAUUAAAUCUGCGGAGUGUAAUAUCGUCGGAAAAUCUGGAGUCAUCACUUGAGAAAUCAAUUGAAAAUAAUUACGAGAAAUGCAUCGAGUGGUUGUGCCUGGGUAUAGCAUCAUUGAACUCAUUUAUCCAGUGCAAUUGGACUGGCCCAGAGGUAGAUGUCGACCUUGACUGGCUGGUCCAUAAACGGGAUGAAGCCGUUAAAGGAUUAGCACUUGGAGAUCAGUGUAACGACAACGCCGAACACCUAGAAUUUCUCUACCUCUCAAAGCUCAUUUUCACGAAUAAAACAUUACAAAGCAUUUGCGUUACCACUCUGUGGUGGCUUUUGCGAGGGAAUCUAGUCCAUCAAUUAAUAAUGGAAGAGGAAUCACCGAUUCUGCUGGAGUCGAGUGAACUGCUCAUUGAAAAAGUCAGAGAAUUGAACAUCUGGGGAAUUCCAAAAUUCGAAUACCUGGAAACUCUGUUCAACAUUGAGGCCGCACAAGUUUGGAUGUUCUACCGACACAUUCCUAAUAUCGAAAAGUACCUGAAAAAGGCUGAGACCUGCGCGGGGUUGAGUCUUGAGCUCCAAGGGGCAAUGGGAAAACGAACGAAAUAUCAGGUCGAGGACAAGCCACAAUUAUUCCUCAGGAUUCAAACCGAGAGGGAAAAUUUUACCUCUUACGAAUGCCCACAGCUUCCGAUAUCUGUGCAUUUAAAUGACGAUUUGAGAUUGGAGAGGAUUAAGUUCACCGAGAGUACUCAGUCAGUAAAGCUUGGAAUCAUCGAGGAAACUUUUGUAAUGGCAAAAUGUAUGCAUUUGCAAUUAUGCCAACCGAAAGACCAUCUCGCUGAGGAAGAAAUCUCUCCAUAUUUGAACACAAUCAUCGACAACACGAGAAGUUGGCCGUUGAAGAUGGAAGCCUUGCGCCAUCGUUGCCUCCUGGAGAUGCGGAACAAACGCACCAUAGAUCGUGCUCUAUCUCAAUCCGAGUGUCUAAUCACCCACUAUAGCAAUCCUCAGCCCAUUGUGUACCACAGAACGUACAAUAUAUUUGCCUCCGGUAUGAAACCGAUCUGGCACUUCAAGGAGAUAUUGGCGGAUACAAUGUUGAGUCUUGGGUUGGUUAAGGGUGCACUGGAGUUGUACCUUAAACUUCAUCAAUGGGAACAAGUUAUUGUUUGCUAUACUCUCCUGGAGCUUCGUCAUAAGGCAGCUGAAAUAAUUCGCCAAGAAAUCACGAAGAAGCCAACAGUGAAACUGUGGUGUUUGCUCGGUGAUGCGGAACAAGAGACAUCGCACUACGAAACCGCUUGGAAAUUAUCAAAUGAAACAAGCAGCAGAGCACAGCGUCACUGGGGUAUGUAUUAUUUUGCGAAGCAGAGCUACGGUGAUGCAAUACCCCACUUGAAACUAUCAGCGGAUCUCAACAACAUUCAGGAGAAUGUGUGGAUACGCCUUGGUUUUGCCGCUCUACAAGUUGAAGAUUGGAAAUUGGCGGCAACUUCAUACAGACGUUAUUGUGCCCUCGAACAAACGAGCUUCGAGGCCUGGAAUAAUCUGGCAAAGGCUUAUAUUAAACUAGGUGACAAACCACGUGCAUGGCGUUCACUCCAGGACGCGGUCAAGUGUAAUUACGACAAGUGGGAGGUAUGGGAUAAUCUGAUGGUUGUUAGUAUCGAUCUUGGCCACUUUUCCGAUGUUAUAAGGUGUUACCACCGUAUUUUGGAGCUCAAGGGUAAACACAUUGACCUACAGGUACUCAAUAUACUGGUUAAAGCUAUAUCGGAAGAUGUUACCGAUGCCAAUGGCUUUGGAUCAAGCAAAUUGCUACAUAAAGCACUUGAACUGUUUGGUAAAAUAACAUCACUUGUACAUAACGAUACCGAUGUGUGGAGGCUAUAUGCACAGUUAACUAUCGGACAGGGUAGCCAUAUCGAUUGUCAAAAAACAGCCCAAUAUUUGCAACGAGCGUAUCGAUCAGCCAUUGCCGAUCCCACAUGGUUCACUGAUACUUACACCACACACAAUGUACUUGAGCUUUGUAACAGCCUCGCAGAUGCAUAUUUAAACUGCUCAACGGUUGCUCCUGAGAAGGAAAAAAAAUCAUUGCUCGGCAGCGCUAAGUUAUCCCUACAAUCGGUUAUUACCAAAGUCAAGCAGGAGGGGAUCGUUUCGGAUGAUAUCGCCGGAGGUCUUGCAAAUCUUGAGAGUAAACUCGCUGUAAUUAUUCAAGAAUUUGACAAAAUAAAUGCAUAA